CUCAUUCACAAGCAUACCCAAAAGCCUCCUUAACACUCUUUGUGCAAACUUCAAAUGUCCAAGAGUCUUUUUUAAUUUCAUCGACUUAUAGUAGACUGUAGACACUAGUUGUUUUUCAACAAAAUGUCAAUGUCAUCGUCGGAGGAAGAGAAUCACCGGAAAUCGGUGGAGGACAAGGCUGAGAUUGGGAGGAGAAAGAGGGCAAUUUGGGAAAGAAAGUGGAAGAGAUUGGACAUUGUGAAAGCUUUUGCUUCUCUCUUUGUGCAUUUCCUCUGUCUCUUAGCUCCUUUCAAUUUCACUUGGCCAGCUUUACGGGUCGCACUCCUUGUCUAUACGGUGGGUGGGCUCGGUAUCACCGUCUCUUACCACCGUAACUUGGCUCACCGGAGUUUCAAAGUCCCUAAAUGGCUCGAGUAUUUAUUUGCUUAUUGCGGUCUUCUUGCCAUUCAGGGAGACCCGAUCGAUUGGGUGAGCACACAUCGAUACCAUCACCAGUUUACAGAUUCGGAUAGGGACCCACAUAGUCCUAAUGAAGGCUUUUGGUUCAGCCAUCUCCUAUGGCUGUUUGAUACAGGUUAUCUUGUAGAAAAGUGUGGGAGAAAGACAAAUGUGGAGGAUUUAAAGAGGCAGUGGUACUAUAAAUUCCUUCAGAGAACGGUCCUCUACCACAUUCUAGCAUUUGGUUUCCUCCUCUAUUACUUGGGUGGUUUGUCUUUUCUUACUUGGGGAAUGGGUAUUGGGGUAGCAAUGGAGCAUCAUGUGACUUGCCUCAUCAACUCUCUUUGCCAUAUUUGGGGAAGCCGAACUUGGAAGACCAAUGACACUUCUCGUAACGUUUGGUGGCUAUCGGUAUUCUCAUUCGGAGAGAGCUGGCACAACAAUCACCACGCGUUUGAGUCGUCGGCAAGACAAGGCUUGGAAUGGUGGCAGAUCGACAUCUCUUGGUACAUCGUCCGCUUUCUCGAGAUUAUCGGUUUGGCUACUGACGUAAAGCUGCCUUCAGAGAGUCAACGACGUCGUAUGGCAUUGGUUCGUUGAAGAUGGAGGAUAAUAUUCGACUUCUCCUCUUUAUUACGUAUUUGGUUAAUGUCAACGUACGUUAUAAAGUUCUUGGUAAACGUAAAACUUGUGGCUUGUGCUAUUAUAUAUGCGGUGUUGUGUUAUUAUGUCAUGUAUGGUGUUAUAACCAACUUGCUUUAUCAAGAUAUAUAUACGUUCGUUUUUGUAUGAACCAAAUUCUAAUCUCCGUAAUGAAAUUAAUCAAGGUCAAAA